AUGAUUAGGCGAGAAGCUCGGUUACGUCUUGAAUAUGUUUAUCGGAAAAGUCUGGAAGAGAAACAACGGUUAAUCGACGAAAAACGACGCACUGUAAAGAAAUAUGUAGAUGAAAACAGACCUAUACCGACACAUUUGAGGAAAGAUGCCAUUGACUUACAACACGAGGCUGAAUGGGGAGGUGGGGAAGUUUUAGCUAUCGAUGAUGAAUAUCGUUACGCUAGCGCAGUAGAUCCAAAAGUUGUAUUAACAACUAGUCGCGAACCAUCAGCCAAACUUAAGAUUUUUUUAAAAGAAAUGAGGCUGAUGUUCCCAAAUGCGCAACGUAUCAAUCGAGGCCAUUAUGAUAUAAAGAAGUUAAUACAAGCUUGUAAAGCUAAUGAUAUUACGGAUUUUAUACUGCUGUAUGAAACUCGUGGUAAUCCCGAUGGAAUGAUUGUAUGCCAUUUACCCUUUGGACCUACUGCUUAUUUUACUUUAGCAAAUGUUGUGAUGCGACACGAAGUGCCAGAUUGUGGGACCAUGUCGGAGGAAUAUCCACAUCUUAUAUUCGAUAGUCUUAAUUCAGCUCUUGGACGUAGAUUAACUACGAUAUUAAAACAUUUAUUUCCUGUGCCAAAGAUUGAUAGCCGACGGAUCGUCACUUUUAGCAAUACUCAGGAUUUCAUUAGUUUUCGUCAUCAUACAUACAGUAAAGAUGAGCAUGGUGAAAUAAAACUGAAGGAAAUUGGUCCACGAUUCGAAAUGAAGCCGUAUUUAAUCAAAAUGGGCACGAUUGACAACGCCGAUGCCGAAAGAACUGAGUGGGCCCUUCGGUCAUAUACCAAUUCAUCCAGAAAGAGGCUUCCUAUGUUAUCAGUACUAGAUUAUGACGAUUAA